UUUGUGGAAACGUGCGCGUUAACAGCGGCUUUUGAAAACGCGCUUCUUCAUGUGCGUCACGGCUCAGGCUGUUCGUUUGCUCUCUCGCAACUGGCCUCAUACUGAUAACAGACAACGUGGGCCCAGAAACACAUGAUGAGGAGCCGCGGCGACAAAACAUCAUAAUGGGAGAACUUUGUUUGGUCGGCCCGCUAAUUGGUCCCUGUUAUAAAACGACUGUAAUGCAAAAGUCUGAAAAAACACGACUUUUAUUCUUAAUAUUACAGUUUUUAUUAAUGAAAUUAUCUAAACAUACAUCACUGCCACAUAUUGAUGUAUUUAUUUCUGUUUUAUUCAGCAAUCCAAACAUCAUCCACGUUCAGUAUAGUGUUCAUUAUUUUAAUAGUUUCCAUGGAAACUAUUAAAAUAAUGAUCUUUAAACGGCAGUAAUCGCUUCCAUAUCUCUACUAACAUGUCUCUGCUUUCUGAUAAAAGUGUGUUUGGUUGAACAGGACAAACAGGCCACAUGGCCUCUAACCUACGUACAAAUGAAGGGAAAUUAGUCAUUUAUUUAUUUUUAUCUUUAUAGCUGACUCUCGGGUCAUUUUCACCUUUCCUUUGUGUUUUUCCUCCCCCCGUCAUCAAUCACGGCCCAAUCAUCUCCCGGUGUUAGCUGAAUACAGAAGGAGGGGGGGGGGCAGGCUGUCAUCAAAGGCAGCAGGGUCGCCCUUAUCACCCACCGUCCCCACAGGUGCAGAGCUCAGUCCGCUCUCAGCUAAAAUGACAACAGGAGCUCUGCGCCUCUGGAUCUGCGUCCUCGCCCUCCAGCUGAGAUGCGUGACUCCGCUCGCCAUCCCGCGGUCGGACAGGGAGGCAGCUGGGCGGCGGGACGUGGACGGUUCGGAUGCGACAAAGACCGAGGUGAGCGAGAAGCUGGACGCGCUCUUCCACCUGAGGGAUUUACCCCGAGGUCCGGCGGUGGCUCCUCACAAGAAGGCGCCUCAGUUCAUGUUGGAUCUUUUUAACGCGGUGUCAGUCUCGGAUGGGAUCCCGAAAAGCCAGAAGGACAUUUUGGAAGGAAACAUAGUGCGGAGCUUCGAAGAUAAAGGUCACGCUGGAGAGAGGUUUCAUUUCUUCAACCUGUCGUCUUUCGGCAGAGAGGAGAGAAUGAUCAAAGCGGAGUUCCGCUGGUUCAGAAAGAAGCAGAAGUUUUAUUUGGGAAAGUCAUUUAGGCCUCAUUUCUAUAAGGUGGAUCUGUAUGAGGUGCUGGACAGCAGAGUGAAGCCUUGGAGAGGAAACCUCAUCACAUCCAGACUGGUGCCUCUCUAUACACAGGGAUGGGAAGUCUUCAACGUCACUCAAACGGUAUCUAAGUGGAUCCGUAACAGCCAGGAGAAUAACGGCAUCCUGGUGGUGACCACACUUCCCUCUGGUAACUGGAUGGAGUCGGUGGUGUCCUCGUCAAAGCAAAACAGAGAGCCGACAGACACAAACUCCUACCUGGUCAUAUUCUCAGAUGAUGGGAGGACAGGAGCAUCAAACCAGUCAUACCUGGGGCAAGCUCAGCCUGCAGCAGCAGCACCUGAGCGCCACGACCACCGCAGCAGGAGGCGACGUGCGUCUCCAGGUUUCUUAGCCCAAAGCCACUCCCAGCCCUGCCAGCGGGUCCCCCUCUUUGUUGACUUUGAGGAGAUCGGCUGGUCGGGCUGGAUCAUCUCUCCCCGGGGAUAUAACGCCUACCACUGCAAAGGCUCCUGCCCGUUCCCGCUGGGGGGCAGCCUCAGAGCGACCAACCACGCCACGGUGCGCUCCAUCAUGCACGCACUCAAGCUGUCUAGCGACGAAGUGGGAGCGCCCUGCUGUGUGCCGGACAGACUGCAGUCCAUCAGUUUGUUAUAUUUUGAUGACGAGGAGAACGUGGUUUUGAAGCAGUACGACGACAUGGUGGCGUUAAGCUGCGGCUGUCACUGAUUGGUUGCACUCUUUAACACUGGGACAAUGAGGGAUGGGGAGGUGAUGGUUUGUUCGAGUUGAUUAAAACACUGUAUUUUUGUGCAUAUGUUUAAAUAUUGUAUUAUUUUGAG